GAAGAAAAGAAGAAAAGAAAAAGGUUGAUCAUUCGGGAUACACGUGCAAAUAAAGUACCACUCUUAGGACAUAUCCUUUAAACGUCUUCCCUCAACAUAAAUUUCCCCGUCGCAAUUACGCUACCAUGCCACUUUCUACCUCGGCGCUGCUCCGCGGCAUAUUCCGGCAGCGCCUAGAGCAUCUACGCGUCGGACGCCUACCACGCUCAGCGCCCCGCCGCUUCCAGUCCAACACUCCGGGACCGAAGCCCGGCAACGGAGGUGAGACCGCGAAACAAAAACCGCCAACCGGGGAUCCGAUCCCGGUGGGUAGCACACCAGUUCCUCCCGUACCUCUGUGGCAGAGACUCGGCCCCCUAACACGCGCCGGUGAAGCCUAUGGUCGUGCCCAGCGGAAAAGACCCUGGGCUACGCAGAUCGUCUCCGCAAUCAUCAUUUAUCUAGCCGCCGACAUUAGCGCGCAGCGCAUAGGCGGCAAGGAAUACGUGCCUGAACGUACUGCUAGGAAUAUGGUUAUUGGUGGCGUAUCUGCUGUGCCGAACUUUCUCUGGUUCGUCUGGCUUUCCCGACACUUCAACUACUCAUCCCACAUCCUCUCACUUGGCGUCAAGAUUGUCGUCAACCAACUCGUCUUCACGCCUACUUUCAACAGCUACUUCUUCGGUGCUCAGGCGCUGUUGGCUGGGGACUCUCUUGCCGAGACCUGGGACCGAAUUCGCCGCACUGUUCCCGUCAGUUGGGUUAACGCCUGGAAGCUGUGGCCUGCUGUUACUGCCUUCACCUUCACUUUCAUCCCCAUUGAAUACCGCAGCGUCUUUUCGGGCGUCGUUGCCGUCGGCUGGCAGACCUACCUGAGCUACCUGAACCGCCAAGCUGAGAUCGAAGAGGAAAUGGCUCAUAGCAGGACUGUGGCUGCUUUACCUGCUGUUGAGACGAAGCACUUGCAGCUCAAUGCCCAGAAACCUCGAAUAACUGCGUGAAUUCAAGUUUCGUUUCUUCGUAGAUUUACCAUAAAAAUACGGAUUCGGGGACAAGAUAGACUAGGUAGACUUAUGGUUGGCGGAGGUGAAUUGGCAUUCAUAGGUAUCAAUCGGUUAAUAAAAGCUUCCCUGGUACUGGCAUAUAUCCUAUUCCUCACUAGAUCUGCUGUUAGAGGGUGUUCUGGUGGUCUGGUGGGGCUAGAAUUCUCAAGAUUGGUUAUAAACUGUUUAUAUUAAAAGUUAAAGGGGGAACCGGGCUACUACGAAUUAUUUGGUCAGGCUGGUAUCUCAAAUCCACGCUAUAGAUUUACCAUAAUUACCUUAUAGAUGUGCAUAACACAUAUUUCUUUGGUUACAAGUGUCUUUUGAGGAGCUUGGACAGGA